AUGGUGGUGCGCUGUCCAGCAUUUCAGCAAUCGGCGGCGGCGCCCGCGGGGAGACGGAGGGCGCGGGGCCGCGGGGGCCGUGGAGCUACCCUGCCGAGCCUAGCCGAGCCGAGGAGGCGGCCCGGAGGCCACCCAGACAAGCGGGACCAGAGGGCCUGGUUCCAGCACCCGGCGGAGAGCAGCAGUCAGCAGGGAGCGUCUUCUCGAGGGUUGGGUAACAAACAGCAGUGCCAGCGCCUCCCGAGAGACUCCAAGGAGGCUGGGAGGAAGCUCGCUCGGCUAACCCUCUCGCUGCCAGCCUACCGAGCGCCUUCCUCCCCGGCCUGGCCCCGCAGCGUCUUUUUCCCUGUGAAGGCUGGUCCCUACUGGCCCGUGUGGGUGGCAAUCCACUAG